AUGACAGCGCCGAAGCUCCCUUGCUGGAAUUGUCGCAGUGACAAGCAAAAACCGAAAUGUAGCCGGUGCACGAUCAGAGAUCUAGACUGCAUCCCCGUCGAGCGAAAGACUGUUUUUCGCCGGAGGUCUAAGGACCAGGCCAGGGAGAGCUUCGCUGUUGAUCAAACUUGGGUGAAUAGCGAGCCGCGGAAGUGGAGGAAGGCUGAGACAGUGCAGGGUCCUCUCCGCUUAGAUCAGACUGCUACCUCGCCUGGAAUUCCUGGUGAAGAGAGACAGAGCACGGAUACCCAAGCGGAGAAUGCCACACUUGACCCGAUAUCUACAUUACCGACACUCGGCGAUGGGAUUUCAGCCUGGUCAUUCCAUGAUAUCCCGAUCAGUGGCUUAGACGCCCUUGUAUCAGCGGCGGUGGGCGCCAGCCAUGGAAGUCCGUUUGAAGUAAACCAUAUUUCUCCAGGGAUAACCAGUACUCCGAGAAGCUCGACGUUCCAACCACUUGCCAAUGUCGAGGAAGCUUGCCUGCUGCGGUAUUUCAUAGAGGAGCUAUCUCCAUGGUUCGACCACUGCGACAGCCAGAGCCAUUUCCGCGUCGCUGUCCCUCUGCGUGCUCAUCACUGUUUAACACUACGGAAUGCAAUUUUUGCUGUAUCAUCUCGCCAUCUCAGUCGUUUACCACAGUUCAAGACACCGCGGGGUAUCGUCUACCACGGCCAAUUACUACCAGACCUAUCAACAUCCUCAGCAGUGGAGUAUAUGCUCAAAUGCAUCCCAGGGCUUCUGUCAUUCCAUACAGUCCAGGACCCACAUGAUCAAGAGAAUCUAAUGGCCGCGGCAAUCAUCCUGCGACAGUAUGAGGAAAUGGAAGAGGAGAUGGAAGAGGGGACCGACGCUGAGAUAGACACUGACAUUGCAGGAGGCGACGAAAGACAGCAACGGGUGAAUUUUCUCGCGGUCACCCAGACGAUUAUCUACUCCAUGAUAUCCUCACCACUAGCCCGCUCCUCUCUAGCGAUUGCAGCGUACUGGAUCGCCAUCCGGCAGGAGGUCUACUACGCCCUAACACGAAAACGCGCGCCGCGGGUGGCGUUCACGCCGGAGGACUGGAGUAAUGCUACCAUUGCUAACAUGAUGAUUAUGCAUGCAGGGGAGGUAGCAAAGUGGUGCUGGGGAGAUAAAUCGUUCACUGAAUAUGAACGCCUCAAACAGCACCAACAACAACUCCUCUCCGAAUACUCAACACACCUCCUCCCAAUCCUACAAAAGCCCGCCGAUAAAUCCAAAGGCGAGAUCUUUCCCACGGUUUGGUACACCACCGACGAACAGGUAACAGGUGCACAGCAUCUCGAACUCGCGCGCAUGAUCCUCAUCGCCGAGAACCCACGACUACGGGAACCGCACGCCCGCGCCGCGCACCGGCAGGCCGAAGCGCGCGUGCGCUCAAUAGUCCUCACGCUCUGCGGGAUCGCCGUGGACAAUGUGUCCCGCCGGAUGCCGGCGCUGGUGAACGCCGUGAUCUCGAUUAUGCUGUACGGGGAGUAUUUCACUAAAGAAGGGGAGCGGGAUGCGCUGCGUAGGAUCAUUGAUCGCACCAAGGAUAUGCAUGCGUGGCCGUUGAGGAGGCCGUAUGAACGGUUGUGCGGGCUGUGGGAGAUGGUUGAUUCGGUGGAGGUCCUCCCCAUCCUCGUCACCCGAUACAAAGUCCUGCGACUGACCGGUCUCCAAUCCGACCCUGGCGCGUUCACACGGACUUACGACCACGAAGUCCAAUUCAGCCACGAAACCUGGACCACGCGCUUACUCAACCCGCUAUCCCGGAUCUUCGUCGCGGUAUUCCCCGAUAUAACCGACCCGCAACAGAUCGGAUUCCACGACUCCAGCCACGAGUGGGAUGACGUGAGGAGGCUAGUUGAUAUUCCCUGGCUUGGACAACUUACACUUAUCGGCCCUGCCAUCGCCCCCGAUAGAGGAAGCAAGGCGAGCAGGACGCCAUGGGAGCUGUUUAAGGAUAUUGAUUUCGGCAAGGCCGCUGAGGAGGCCAAGGCCAUUCCACCGGGGUCCAGAGUCGUUUACACACUUGUCGGGAUGUAUGUACUCCCUGAAGGACGGGGAGCAGGGAAUGGGAGGAGACUGGUUGAGGCUGCGAUCACGGCUGUGUAUGGGGAGACGACGCAGAAGGGGGUGGAUGCGACGGUGGUUGUGCUGGUCGCGAAGCAUAACCAUACCGCGAAGAGAUUGUAUGAGCGCGUUGGAUUUGUUGCGGGCAGCAAUACUGUUGAUAUUGAGGGAGAGCAGCAUUGGGCGUUGGCUAUGAAUGUUGGGAAUUGA